CUCUCCCAGACUUGAUAAGAGAGGAGAAAUAUUUCUAGACUUGGUGCUACGACUUGUCACUUUGUCACCUCCAGCUGCCUGAAAAGGGCCAGAGGGUAGCUCAAGUGCUCUCGUCCCAGCCGUUCUCCUCCUGCCCACCAGCACUGAGCCCUGAGCCGCCCUCUCUGCUCUCCAGGACAUGGCGGGGCCCGUGACCAUGGCAACCAGCCUCUUGCUCUUGGCCCUGUGCAUCACCCCUGCAGACUCUGUGACACUCCCCUCUUCCUGCUGCAUUACCUUCAUUUCCAAGAAAAUUCCUGAGAGCCGAGUGAUAAGCUACCAGCUGACCAACAGGAGCGUCUGCCCACAGGCAGGAGUGAUCUUCACCACCCGGAAGGGCCAGAAGUUCUGUGGCAACCCCAAGUUACCGUGGGUCCAGAAGUACGUGAAGAACCUGGAUGCCAAGCAGAAGAAAGCCUCCACUAGGACCAGGGUGACGAACACUACAGCCCCCUUCUGGAGACACCUGGCCAACAGCACCUUCAUCUAAGCCCUGCCCUGGCCCCCAGUCCUGAGCUUCGGCCUGGGUCUCGCCUCCUGGCAGGCUGCUUGGGGCCUGGUGAGCCAGUGGUGGUAGGCAAAGGACUACUGUUGCCAUUUCUUUGCAUCAUUCUCAGGGGAUGUGUCUAGUUUAUUUAAAGAACCCAAGGCUCCAAGGAUCCCAGCCCCUUGCUUUUCCUGAGCUGGGGGGAGAAGGUCUCAGAAGGAAGGCCAUGGCGGCCCUUUGUCCUUCCUCUGAGCUGGAGCCAGCCCUUCUCCAGCUCACAGGUUGCAUAAGAGUCUCAGUGCAUGAGGCCUGAGCUGCAGACCGAUUCUGCUUGUGCCUUAGUCUGCAAGCGGCUUCGAUGGGCCCUCUGGUCUUGUAGUGAGACCUCCAGGCUGUCUGCCUGCCUGUCUGUCUGUCUGUCCGGGGAUGGGUGACCUCUCAACACCUGUAGCUCUCCAUCACAAUGGGGAUGCUC